AGCUCCACCGUCAUCGUUUCGAUUUCAUUUCAGUAUUGUUUAUCCGUGAACGCUGACUGUGGAUGUCAGAUUAAUUGAGAACUUGAUUUUAAUAGCUGGCGGCGUCUUACAGUUGGUGAUAUUCAUCUGUUUGGAGUGAAUUUUGAUGGUGUAAUUUGUCGAUUGUGGUGUUUGGCUGGUCAUGUUUCUUUCACUCAUUAGUGGGGGCAGAGAGACCAUGUGGGAGUCACAUGCAUGCAGAAGAUGAGCAGUAAACAGAUGAUAGGAGCACAGUCAACCUCUGAAUGAAUUACACUAUGAACAUCACCACGCAGCCCCCUCAGACAAUCAACGGAGAUGUUGCUGUCACCUAUGUGCUGGUCCCAUUCUUCCUCAUCACAUUGAUUGGGAUAGUUGCUGCAGUGGUGAUGUACAUAAGAAGGAAACGAAGGAUUGACAGACUACGGCAUCAGUUGCUUCCAGUUUACACUUAUGACCCAGCUGAAGAGCUAAAUGAGGCGGAACAGGAGAUUCUUUGGAAGGAGGAAGACACAAAGGUGGUACAGGGCUGGAUGAGGUCUUAUCAACAGCGGCAGCCAUUGCUCUCAAAGGAUCAAGAAGCAUGAAAAUGGUUCACUGUAUCAUUUUUCAGUAGCAGAUUUUUCUUUGUGCAUGUUUUUGUGGUCCUGCUCUUGAGCCUUGUCAAGAACCAGAUCUUGCACAUAUUAAUUCAUGGCUUUGCAGAUUCAGAAGAUGGAGCAUUUUAAGCAAUAAACCACUGACUUUUAAAGCAGUUUAAAGGGAUGAGAAAAGCAUUUCAGAAAUCAUCAGGACGCUGAUGUUAGGAUACCUGGUAUCAGGUCUCUUUUGCAAAAGUGGUUAAAUGUAAGUUAACGAACUUGGCUCUCUGAACAACAAUCAGUUCCCGAAGACUCAUAAAGGAUUUUAAUCUUCCACUAUUCUGCAAAUGAAUUUAACUUAGUUUUAAGCCUAGACUUAUUUUUUCCCGGAAGGGGAUGGUUGGAGCAUUAUUUAUUUCUUAAAAGAUUUAUUUCCUUUUUGGAUGUCACUGGAUAAGCAUAACCCAGACAUAUUGGCAGGAAUGAUUAGGGAAAAAGAAAAUAUAUACUUGGUGUUAGAUAAUUAACAUAGGUAAGUAUGUUUAGAACAUUCUAUUUGUAAAUGAUCUAUUGUCAAUUAUCUUUCCCCUGAAUAAAAGACUGUUACUGUUGAGAAUUAAUUGGAUAUAAAAAGUAAGCAAUCUUUACCUUAAAGCGUAACUAAACCCAUGGUCAGAGCCUGACUCCACCCACUGGCAAUAUUUGAAAAAUGCAAGAAAAGUGGGCAGAUCCCAACGGAGAUAGAGGGGACGAACUAAGCUCGUAUCAACUGUGUGGUAAGAUCGUAACAAGGGCGUGGUGAGCUUUAACCUGCUUACGUCAUGAGGCAUUUUUUUGGACCCAACAUCCAAUAGGAAAAUUCAACUGCAGUAGCCACCGUUCAACCUGAAGAGGGCAGCACUCAGACGUUUUUACACCAUAUAUUGUAGUAUUGAAACACUUUAUAUCCAAAUGUCAAAAAAGUUACUAAAAUCAAUGAACAGCAGUGGCGGAGUGGCAAUCGGGAGAGUCAGGACUUUUCCCGGUGGGCCCGGUAGUGUUUUAAGGCUGCGAGGGCUGGUCUGAUAAUAGCCGUGCUUUCAGUCUUUAGUCAUGCACUCUGGCCACACUAAUACCUAUUUAUCAUAUAUUUAAUAUGCUUCAGCGCUCAAAAUGUAUCUGGCCGCACCGCUCUCUCUAUCAAGCCCAUCUCCCCUGGAGUUCUAUCAGCCAAUCAAAAAAUAAAGAAAGAGGCUACACAACAGCCAAUCAGAAAAUAGGACUGUUGUAUCUGGGUAAGAUUUAACGCAGCAACCAAUAAAAAAGCAUAGCCUCGCACACCCACAGAGGAAUGGAGCUCCGAGGCUCGGAGCAUCACUUUGAGCAGCACAGAGUAAGUCUGAUCUCCUGUUUUAAUGCUACAACAAAUGCACAACUUUGACACAAACAAUGACAACUUGACUGCUGUUAGAGAAUGUUUCCCAGAUAAUCAGCAUCAGUUUUUCACGAGUGUCUGUAACUUAGCCAACAGUUUACAGCCUGUUCACUGACAACACCUGCUCAGAACACGUAAGUUAGUUUAAGCCUCGUUAUAUUUUCGUUAUCACAUUCUGUCACAUAAAAUAUCUCUCUCCAAACAGGCUUAAUAAUUUUAUAAGCAACUGCUUUGCAACCAAAGUAAGCUUUAGCUUACCAAAAACUAGGGAACUGUUGACUUUAAGAUCUUUUAAAUAAUAAUUAUUACACUUGGUAUUUCAUGUUGUUUUGCAGUCAUUUUAUUGUAAUUUUAGAUUUCAGCAUUUGCUUAUUUUCAGCAAACCAUUUUAUUUUUAUUUUUUUUUUUUUUUGACAACAGUGGGCUGGUGGUCUAUGAAAUUUCCCGGUAGAUUUUUGGGUCCCACUCCGCCCCUGAUGAACAGCACUAAUAAAGCCUCAUUCUUACAGAUUAUUAACUAAAAAAAGUUGGUUUAGGGCAGUAAUUCUUAAAGUGUGGUCCGCGGACCACUAGUGGUCCGCCAAACCCCCCCAGUGGUCCGCCAAAAGAUGACCUAAACUAGGCAAGUGUUUAUACAAUCGUCACUUAUUUAAGUAGAUUUUAAUGCACUUGCAAAACUGUGAUAUCAGUUCUUGCCAUUCUGUUUUAAUAACGUAAAAAUGGAUCGGUGGCUAAACCAAGGAGAACGCAAAAGAAAAGAUCAAGCGUCAACUGAAAGCAGCUAAAAUCCACAGAUCUAUUAGUUUUGUUAUAUACUAGUUUUUGUUUCAUGUGUAAAAUCCCUGUAAUUUCAGUGAUUUUGAACAUUAAGGGGUACAUUUUUUUUCAGCAUUUUAUUGUUACCAUAGUUACAACCAUAGACUUCAUAUACCCACCACCUCAGUUUUAAACUAAUGGCUCUUUGGAAUGACAUUAAGUGGGACCUAGGCUGUAAUAGUAUGUUUAAUUGUAGUUUUUUUUCACAUGUGCAGUUUAUUGAUCAUAUUAAGCUGCAACUCAUUUCACAUUUACUUUUUCUAAUGAAAUAAAAUUCAUACUGU